UUAUUAUAGUUUCAUUUCAUGAGGGCGCGGUUGGGCGGUAACUCAACUGACGUGUCUAUGUCAUGGAUUUGCAGGUACUUUUUCUCUUUUCUGUUGCAGUCUUUAUGAAGACACUAGAGAAUGUAAUAGGAAUACGAGACACAGGUUUUGGAUCUUUUGAUCUUUUUGAGAUGCACAGUAACAGCUAUGAGCUAUCAAUAGACUCCUCACCCGUUACUGAGGAACUUUUGACCAAAAGAGAAGACACCCAAACUGAACCUAUGGUUCGUGUUUGGUCUAAAACUGGCCAAGAAUUUGCCUGUUUCUUGCCAUCGGGCAUUUCGAAUGAUAGAGACAUGGAAAUCUUAAAUGAUGAGAACUUCAUUGAUAUUUCUAUGCUAUUGUCUCAACUUAGAAGAAACUGCAUUUUAUCAAACCAAGGAUGGUGGUCGUACAAGUAUUGUCAUGGGAGCAACAUAACACAAUUCCACAUAGAAGGCGGCCAAAUGGUGGGAGAUUUAAUAUCUCUUGGAGUGUUUGAAAGUGAAACGGAAUGGAAUGAAGAGAAGCUGCAGAAAUCAAUGGAGAGGCAGAGGAAGAAUAAGUUGAUAAAAGAGCACAAUGUCGCUAAGCUUUCCUCUCAUAAUGCACGCUAUGUCAAUGGAACUGCUUGUGAUGUCCGUGACGUUAGGAGAACCACCAUUGCUAAAAUCACUUGUUCGCCCUAUCACGCUGAUACUUCGAUUGUCAAUAUCAUUGAACAUGAAACUUGCAAUUAUACAUUUGUCAUUCAUGCUCCACAGCUUUGCGACCAUCCUCUCUUCAGAAUAGACGAUAUUGAGUCAACUGAUGUCAUCAGAUGUUCUCCGAUACUUUCAGAUGAGCAGUACAGGAGACACACUUCAAGAAUAGAAGCAAAGAGUGCAAUGUCUGGCGUCCAAGAUGCCCUCAAAAAGAAUUUGGUCAAAGAACGAAAGACAAAAGAGAAAGAAGUGCCACUGAUGGACAUAUUCCAAUUAUUAGCAAAUUCCAUUGCUGAUAAAGUUACAAGUAAUGGGAGAAAUACAAUAGAUAGCGAGGAUGAAGAAGGACUCAAUAAAGAAACUGAAGAAAUUAUUGAUAACUUAGUGAGUGAGACUCUGAGUAGUGUUUUUGGCAGGGGAGACAGUGAUGCUGAGAAGGACAGUUCUAGUGAUAAUAGCUGGAAAGGAAGUGAUGCUGAAAGCAAAAGUAGUGCUAGCAGAACUAGUAAUAAGCAAAGAGAAUUGACUGUUGGUGGAAAAGGAGAGAAAGAAGAGAGGAGUUUAAAAAGAGCACAAGAAGAUGAUGAUGAGUCUCCUGAGAAUAGAAAGCACAAGUCAAAGCCAAAUAUAGAGCAAGCAACCAAUCAAGGAGAAGAUGGAAAGAAAAGUAAAAAGGAGAAAUUCAAAGUAUAUCACAUUAAAUUAACUGAUCAAAGUGCAUUGCAAGAGGAAGACCUUGACAAGAUUGUGGAAGAUGUUGCCAAAAGUGAUCCAAGGUUGAAUGAUGGAGAUAGAUCAAAAAAGAUAAUUGAGGUUGACCUGUCGAGCAAAAAGGGAGCAUCAUCAUUACUGGCACAGGCAAUAGAACAAUACAUUGGUAAGGAUGAUAGCAACGAUGUUAGUGAAAGGCAAAUGAAGCAGCAAGAGCUGGAAGAGAACUACAGCAAUACCUGGGAUUCGAUUGAUGAAGAGAAAGAUGAUGAAAGAUAGGAGGAAUACGUACUGCAUGUAUA